AUUUGUAGGGUAAGGGGGUAGGUAGUACUACCAGUAUUACCAGACAUGGCGACAGAACAAUUUUGUUGGCGAUUUUCGGCGUACACACUAGUUGCUGGAUAGAAUACUGGAGUCAAUUCGAGGUUGAUUGCUACAAGUACCCACAACUAUUUCCAUUAGCGGUUUUGCCAGCCGCAAAAUGAGGCUCCGAUGUCGACCCGUGGGCCCGUGGGUGUUACUCACCUCUCAAGUCGUCAUAUAGGAUGGGGCCGUUGUAGCGAAUCAGAGCUGAUGACAAAGCAGAAGUCUAGAGGCAGCAGGCGAACCUGAGCGAGAAAGAUACCUCUCAAAGCAAAGUAGGUACCCAGCUGGGCGAGCACUACCACUCUAGACUGUGAGACCCUGAGAGAAACCAGCAAGGAAAAAAAACUAUAUUUUCCGGCUUUCCCUGACACAACAGUUCCACCAACCCCUUAGUUCAUUCAGACUUACACAGCCCAGAUAGUCAAGAAGGGUAUCUUCCAAGGCUUAGACUAGCCUUCCUACCUUUCCUGCCGUUGGCCCUCCACGUUUUAACCAUGGCGCAAGCACGGAAUAUCUCGAAUGCCCACGUAGGUGGUGACUCGCAGAGGCAUCUGAGCGUGUCUACUUCGCCCACAGCGGUGCUCCAGUCCCCGCUUUCCAGCUUUGGCGGGGCACUUGGUCGGCGAGGAGUACCGAAACAACUCAAACCCUUCAACACUCAAGACAUCAAGAUCCUUUUACUGGAAAAUGUCAACCAGAGUGGAAAAGACAUUUUGACUGCCCAGGGCUAUCAAGUCGAAGCUUUAAAAACCUCGUUGCCCGAAGACCAGCUAAUCGAGAAGAUAAGAGAUGUGCAUGUCAUUGGUAUCCGAUCCAAAACCAAGUUGAACGAGAAGGUCUUGAAGGAGGCCAAAAACCUACUUGUUAUUGGAUGUUUCUGUAUCGGAACCAACCAAGUCAACCUUGAAUAUGCAGCUCGUCAUGGCAUUGCUGUCUUCAACUCACCCUUUGCCAACUCACGUAGUGUGGCUGAGCUGGUUAUUGCUGAAAUCAUCACACUUGCGCGUCAGCUUGGUGACCGUUCCAACGAAAUGCACCGGGGUGCUUGGAAUAAAGUGAGCAACAAGUGCUGGGAAAUCAGGGGCAAGACACUAGGCAUUGUGGGAUAUGGACAUAUUGGAUCUCAGUUGUCAGUUUUGGCUGAGGCUAUGGGUAUGAACGUCAUCUACUACGAUGUCGUGAGCUUAAUGGCGCUGGGUACCGCCCGACAGGUGCCGACUCUUUCUAGCCUCCUCAACCAAUCCGAUUUUGUCACUCUACACGUGCCUGAGCUCCCCGAAACUAAGAAUAUGAUUUCCGCUGCUCAACUAGCUGAGAUGAAGGACGGGUCUUACCUGAUCAAUGCGAGCCGCGGGACGGUGGUGGACAUACCGGCUCUGAUCAACGCCAUGCGAAGCGGCAAGAUUGCGGGCGCCGCUCUUGAUGUUUUCCCAACAGAACCUCGUGCCAAUGGUGACUACUUCAACAAUAGUUUGAACGGCUGGGACGAAGACCUUCGGAGCGUAAACAACAUUAUUCUUACGCCCCACAUUGGUGGCAGCACCGAGGAAGCCCAACGAGCAAUUGGCAUCGAAGUGGGUGACGCACUUGUCCGUUACAUCAACCAGGGCGUCACGAUAGGUAGCGUCAAUAUGCCAGAGGUCAACCUUCGUUCUAUGACAUCUGAAGAAUCAGACUACGCUAGAGUAAUUUUCAUUCACCAGAAUGUCCCAGGUGUACUCCGUAGAGUAAACGAGAUCCUCGGCGAACACAACGUUGAUAAGCAGAUUAGCGACAGCAGAGGCGAUUGCGCAUACAUGAUGGCCGACGUGAGCAACGUUCAGACCAGUGAUCUUCGAGAUAUUCUUGAAAACCUCGAGGCUCUGAGCUCUCGUAUUUUGACACGUGUAUUGUACUAAGCCGGGAUGAAUCAUGAUGGACAACGGGCGGAGUUUGACAAGCGGUUUAUUUGCAGUAUUCAGUAAUUCAACUUAUAUGGCAUAGGAGCAACUAAAAAAAAAAAAAGGGUUGCAAAAAACGGUAACAAAAGAAGCAUUGACUUGCAUGGUUACGAGGUAGACAUGGUUCAACAUGAUACUGGAAAAUCAAAACUAAGGGGCGAAAUACUAGACGAAAGGAAGAAAACUACACAUAGGAUGUUCAUAGUUUUUUUUUUCUCAUUCUCUUCCACAAUGUUCAAGAAGUAUAAGGAAGCUCCCAUUGGUAAUCGCAUAAACGUAGGUAAAUUGGUAUAAUUUCUAAGGUUGUGACCAUCUACUUAGUACAAAAGGGGGCUCAGUGCACCAGUGCACCUACAAUAUCUAUUUUCAGUAACGACGACACCAAUAAAUAAUACCGAGCGUAGUAGUGAGAUAGACGCCUUUGGUCGGAUGCUUUGAUGAGCAAAGCGAGAGGCAGAGAAACAAAAGAACGAGAGGAAAAAAAAAA